ACGUCAGAUUCUUUGUCAAAAAUCCUCGUCUUAACCUCAAUUAUAAAUGUGAUCGUCCUAGUUAAAUUGUGAUGUUUUUAAUCGGAAAAUUGUUUGUAAAACUUGUAUAAUGUCAGGGACUGAUAAAUUCCAACUCUUUGUGUACGACGGUGACUUUGGAUUGCCUUCAUUCGAUGUAGAGUGCUCCAAAUCAAUACUUUACACAAUUAUAGCUCAAGUUCCAGUUCAAAAGAAACUCUUGAACAGUAUUAAAAACUGUGCUUUUUACAAUGGACCCUGUUUUGUGCACAAAAACGUAAAAUUUAACACCUUCCACGAGAUAGUUUUGUACUUGAAAACCUUGAAUUAUGACCUGGACAAGGAUCUCAGCCCUAAGCAAAGAAGCGAAUCGUUUGCCAUCACGAAUUUGGUUGAUUCAAAGUUGAAACCUGUCACAGAGUUCGUGUUCUAUACUGAUCAAAGAAACUACCAUGAGUUUACGAAGGUUUGGUACUUCAAAGCACUUCCUAUGCCGUUCAACCAGAUCCAUGCUUCAAGAAUCCAAAGAAGAGCCGAAGAUUUGAUCGAAAGCCUUUAUCCAAAUGAUGUUAACAUGGAAGUUGUCAAGGAUUACAUUAAUGUGGUAGCUAGAGAGUGUUUGUCUUCAUUAUCAACUCGUUUGGGAACAUCGAUGUACUUUUUUGGAAAUACACCGACCACUUUAGAUGUGGUAGUGUACAGUUAUAUUUCCCCCUUACUUAAAUUACCACUUCCAGCGAACAGUAUUCCUAGUUUAGUGUCUCUCUGGCCAAACUUAUGUGAUUUCGUCAAAAGAAUUGAUAAUAAUUAUUUUUCUGAUCUUCCCAAAGAGCCGAAAUACAUCAAAAAUGAAACCCAGAACAAAAAUAGUGAUGAUGAGAUCUCUUAUGUUGCGAUAUCACUAUUGACUUUCAGUGCUAUGUCUCUGGUGGUGGGUUUCGCAAUAAGCAGAGGUUUUAUAUCAUCGAAUUUCAUGUAGAUUAUUUAUUUAGUAUUAUUUUUUAUUUGUAGACGUUUAGAAAAAUUCCAGGUACUUUAUUUAUAAACUGUUCAUGUUUUAAUUUUCUGUCAUAAUAUUGAAGUGAGACAUUUUAAUGAAGUGUUUAUUGCAUUUAUAUAAACAUUAUGCAUUUCUUGUUCUGUUAAAAACCCUGAAAGCAAUAUUUACAGAAACUUUAUAAAUAAAUUUGUCUUAUAUAA